UUAUGCAUUUAACUUGCGGUCACGCUGCACCGUAGAGCAGCGUCAAUCAAAUCAAAAAUAGCAAAACAUUUUGUGAUCAUUUUGCGCUGUUUUAUCAAUAAGUUUCCAAAGUGACAAAGACGAGGCCGCCAAAGAUGCCGCUGAAGGCCGUGUGCAUCGAGUUGCGCCCAAAUCUAUGCAGCGGCCAUGUGUUCUUGCAAUUCGAGCACGACCUCUGCAACAGCAACAAAACGCGCGUCGUCAUCAAGGAGAACGACAUGCAUAUCGUGGAAGAUGUAGAUGUGGAUGAAGCGGAAGCAGCCAGUGAGCUGGUGAUGCGACAUGCCAACUAUGGCAUGGAUAUUCAACAGAUCUCCAUGUUCACAGCCAGCAAUCAAAAUAUCAGUUUCCGUUUUAACUAUACGCAAAUCGAUCUUGAUGCAGUGCACAAGGCGGGCAAUCUGCAAGUGGAACCGAAGCCGAUGCCAUUGAUGCUCAGCUUUGCGGAACGCCAGAUAGCGGUGACGUUGCGCUGCAGCAACUGUCACUACGAAUUGGUGGCCAGUUGUUGCUACAAUAAAUUGCGUGAAUUUCCCAGCGGCCUCAUCGAUCCCAGCGAAUUCUUUUGCCAUAAUCAUCAUGGCAACACGUCCAAUCAACAGCAACAGCAGCCGACACUGGUGCCGGGACCAACCGAUCUGUACUAUGGCCUCAAUCACAUUGUGCUUAACAUUACCGUCCUGCAGCGCAGCGUUAUCAAUUCAUCGGAUCAUCUGUAUUGCAAGCGUUGCAUGCGUAUGCUGGGCCACCUUAUUCUCGAGGGCGCCGCUGCCAAGUUGUGGGCGGAUGCACUACGUUGGCUGCCCAGCGCCAACCAGGAGGAGAAGCAACCACCACCGUCAUCAUCAGCAUCAGCAGUACCUCGCGAGUUGUUUCAGCAUUCAACAGUGUCACAACUGAUGCUGCGAUUGCUCAGCAAUCUGUGGAUGCAAUCGGUGCCACAGUUCGGCGGCAGUCGUGCUCUGCUCGUGGCUAGCAUGCCCGAUCGACGUCAGCAUUAUAUGCUAAUUCAGGUGCUCGAACGGCAACUGGCGGUGCUGCGUCGUUUGCCUAAAGUUCCUGGCGUAGCACAGAAGCAAUUGCACUAUUUGCGCGCCUGCAAACUCUAUUUUCGUGUGUACAACAGCAGCGAGGCGGAGUCAGAGCUGCUGCUAAAGCAACAGCAGCAGAUGGAGCUGCCCAAGCUGAGCAUAUCGCCGUAUUUGUUUGCAGAGCUGCAGGCGCGCUUGACACGCAAUUCGCAAUUGAUACCAAAGGCCUGGCGACACAAUUGUGCCCAGGAGCAGCUGCUGCUCACGUACUUCUUUUACGAGAGGGAGCAGCAGGAGCAGGAAGAGGAGCUGUUGAGAGAGCAGCCGUCGAAGCCACUGAAUCUAAAGCAAAAGCACGCACAGAAACUGGAGACGGAUGAGGAAUAUGAGACUGAUGCUGGCCUGGAUGCCAGCUUGGAUGAGGAUGAAGACGACAAUGACGAUGAUGAGGAUGAGGAUGAGGAGCAGAAUGACAGCGAUGAUGAGCAAUCGGAUACGGAUAGCGAACCAAAGUCAACAUUGCGCCAUAAAUUUGCACCCAUCAUGGCGUAUGAGAAGAAUCUUGUGAAGCGUUGGCCCACUCAACGGCAGUCAAAGUCGAGUCCAUGUCCCAGUCCCACAAUGCCGCCAGAUCCUUGCGAGGAGGACAGCGGCAAACAUUAGCUACAUGUAAAAAUCAGCUUUGUAAUUUCAAGAAAUGAAUUCGCCUAUUUUU